ACACCUCGCCACUACCCGCCAAAAAGGGAAUUUCUUGAAAAAUUAUGAACAAAAUAAUCAAUUUAAAUAGGGAUUUCCCCUGCAAUUCCCCGAAAAUUGAUGUUUGAUUUCAACAUACAAUUCAAUCAUGAACAGCAAUUGUGAUACAUCAGUGAUAAAACCUCCAUCCGUCAUGUCAGAGGAAAUGAUGGAUCUUUUGAAGUGUCCCCUUUGUAAGGAUUUCUUCGUAGUUCCAGUACUUCUGCCGAGCUGUUCUCAUAACUUUUGCUACGGUUGUGUAGGCCUACCUGGGAAUGUGGGCGUAGAGAAGUGUCCAACCUGUGGUCAAAGAGUGCAUGACGAAGAUAUGCCUGUUAGGAAUGAAAUUCUUGAUGAGUUGGUUAGAAUAUUUCGGGAAUCGAUCCAAGUGUCCGUGCGGUCGGGAGAUGAAUCGACUUAUUCUACUUUGAUCGAGUCUGAGGAUGUUUCUGCCACUUCGCAGGAUGAGUCGAUGGUCACUGAGAGUGCAGUCGGAAAUGACAAUGUCCCAUGCCCUGUCUGUUUGUCACCCAUCCCAAAUGAGGCGAUCAACAAUCACCUAGACGGCUGCCUGAUGUCAACUGAAGAAAACAAAGAAUCUAAAUUGUGCCGAUCGAGAAAGUCUGCAUCUAAGGAUGAAAGUCCGCUUAAGAAGGCGACUGCUCGUUGUGAUGGUGAGAGUUCAAGUGCUCGUUCCCAAUCUACCAGUGCAGAUGAAACAACGUUGAAGAAAAGGCAUAAAUCUAAAUUCUGGACGUAUGAGCCAGUUUUGAAUGAUGUUCAAAACAUGGCUGAUGAUGUCGCUAGUACCGGUAGUUUGAAGCCGGUUUCAAAAACUAGGGUAAUUAUUGAUGAAGAUAGUUUCAAGGAUGAAACAUCAAGGAGAAGAAGAGGUAGGAGUUUGCAUGAGAUGAUAUCAACCUCCGAUAGUGAAGAUGUUUCAAAUAUUGAUCGGGAAACGAAUGCCCAACCAGGUCAGUUCACUUUAAUUCGGACAAAAACAAGACAGCAAGCACCACUAAAAAUGACUCGAUGUCUGUCAGGUAUUCCAAAGGAACAUGUUGCUUUAAAAAAGGGACCUGUCGGAACUCUGGAUGAGGAAAGUCCAAGGCGAAGAUCUUUGAGGGUUGGUCCAUCAGUCUGCCAUGUGGCAGAUGAAGAUUCCACUACAAGUACUGGUCAAAUGACCAAUCGCAGGUCUUCUAGGACCAUGAGUUCAGAGGCUUCAAGUGCAACUGCAGAACAUAAAAUAAAGCACUUAAAUCUCGCAUCUCCACGUUCUUGCAGUGAAGGGAGGUUGAACUAUUCAGUCGGUGAUCAUGGUAACUCGAAAAACAAAAAGCGAUCAUCUAAAUUUUGGACUUACGAGGUAGUCAUCCCCAGUGUGGUGCAAGAUUCUCCACCUCCAGCAGACACAGAAGGCAGAAGGAGGUCCACUCUGCGCUCUUCUAGUGCAGUGUCAGAUGCGAAGCCAUCACCACGAUCUCAUAGUGAGGGGAGGGUGAAAGGUCUCAGGGUGAACGGGAACAGUGACAGCAUGGUAAACAAAAAUGCUAAUUCAGCGAAGAAAAAGGGAAGUUCCAAGUUUUGGACUUACGUUCCCGUAGGACGAGACAUUGAAUCAACUGUGACCAUGGUUACAGACAUGGUGCAAGACGCUGGGAGCUUUACUGAUCUUUCUGCUGGUUCAGAUGUUGAAGGGAAAAAGAGGCUAACGCGCAGAUCUCGCAGUGCUGUGAGUUCAGAAGCACGUCCUGGCUCGGCUUCACUAGAAACAAGCAGUGAUUUAGACUCGAAACCAUCAAGAUUGAGCAGCAAAGAGAGGUCAAAAGUCCUUGUGAGGAAAAGAGAGGGAUCAACAUUUUGGACUUAUUUGCCUGUUGUUGAUCAAGAGGUUAAACUGACUGGUGUCGCUGUGUCAAGUGCAGAGCGAGAGAAGAGGGCGUCUCGGCGAUCUUGCAGUGCUGGGAGUUCAAAUGUUACUGUUUCUAAGACAGAAUGCCGAGAUAUGAAUUUGCAAGCGCCCGAGUCUGACAUACCCAAGAAAGAUUUGGUGUCCGGGACUUUUGAUAAAAAAAGUGCACUGAAGAAAAGUUUGAAACGUGAUAAAAGAUAUAAGGUGACCAAAAAGCUUGUAUCCAAAUUUUGGACUUAUGUUCCCGUUGUACCUGGGGCUCAUAACACUAAGGUGGUCACUGACCUAUCUGACAAUGUUGGGGGAAAGAGGUCCUCGCGUCGGUCUUGCAUUGCUGUCAGCUCUGGGUCCGAGACUGACAAGUCAGCAAUGUCGAAGAGUGAAGGGCGAUCAAGAGAUUCAAAGAACAAGCCUGUUGCUAAGAAAAUCUCGGGGAAGAAUACCACCGCUGAAGAGUCAAUUGAUCUGUCGGAUAAGGACAAAAGAAAUAGAUCUUCUAGGCUGUCUUUGGCUGUUGUAGGGGCAGUUUCAGAAAGUGCUCAAAACGAUCUGGCUGGAUCUUCUGGUGAGGUUCUGAGGGCUGCGGUGACGCCUAGUAGAAAAAGAAAACGGUCUACCUCAAGGAACCCUGCACCAGUACACACGUUAUCAGCCAGACACAAGAGACCAAGAACUGAUGAAACUUGUUUUGGAAAAAAACUUAAUAAGUCUGCAGGGUCUCAGAGUUUCUUAUCGGAACAAGGCAGUUCAUCGGAGGAUGUUUAUGAUUUCGAUUCGUCAGAGGAGAAUAUUCCAGAGUCUUUGGGUGGUUCUCAAGCUCAGAAAGAGCUGCAGGCAGCUGGUUCUGAAUUGGCUGCAAGAAAAUCUAGUUGUUUAAUGUCUCCAGAAAUCGGCCCACCCAGACAAAGAAAGGACAAAACUGGUUUUGUGACACCCAAACAAACAAAGAAGAAAUCUUAUUCAGAGACAUUCGAACAGGACCAUGCAGGUUUUCGCUCACCGUUCACAUCACCAACCAGCUCCUUGAUUUCAGCCCCUAAACCAAUCACGCCAUUGAUUGCCGGUAUAUUCUGUAACUCACCUGCGUUUGGAGCUGUGAAGUUUGCUGAAGAUGAGGACCAGGUUGAUGGGUUUGGUUACGUUGACGACAGCUCGUCGGAGGCAGACAGUGAUGAUGAUCUGCUUGGCUCCAUCAGUCAAAGAAUUGAUAACUUUGACGAGGAAGAAAGCGACCAACCAGACAUCAACCACAAUAUUCCCAGUAAAGAAAUAGAAAUCGAAAAACUCUGGCCUGCCCUGUCAAAACGUCCAUCAGUUGAGCCAGAACCUUCGGCAUCAAAUACACAACCAGUGGUUAGAGAAUCACCAAGAAAGAGCCGGGUUGAGAAUUCACAUCUCGUCCCAGAAAGCCCGAUUAUUCAUCGUCUUGGAGAGCGAGGGUUCCGGAAACGGACACCAGGGGACCAACAACCGAAACCUCGGCAUAUCGGGAAGGCAAAGAAAAGACUGUGAGUCACUGAGUGUGAAGAAAGAGGAAAAGACUUUGAUAUCUGGGGGGAGUGAUGUCCCAAUAUGUAGCUGAAGAGAUCAGUCCCCUGACAACGCUGACUAGAUUUCUCUGUCCUUGAACUGAUCUGAUCUGCAUUCAGGCGGUAUGCUUUUGGAGUUGCAAAUCAUUAUCAAAGACAAGUGGAAUAUUUAUGACAAUGGCUCAAGCUAUUUCUUUCGUGGUAUUCCAAGAAACGGCCAGAAAAAUCUUUAUGGCAUAUAAACAAUAUCGGGAAUUUUAUUCAGUGGUACCAGAACUGGCCUUCGAUUGGCCGAUUAAGAUUGAUGAUAUUUUAUCUUCCUGGUAUACUGGUCAACAUGGUCAGUACUCUUGCAAAAGUGUUUCAAGUUUCCUGGGAUUGUUUUCUUGGUUCUAUGGAUACUGUUGUGCUAUCAAUUGAAGUAUGAGCACUUAUGGGAUGUUUAUGCAUUGUAUCUGGAGAAAUUAAUUUUAAUUUAUAAGCAUAUAUAAAAAUAGUAUCUCAGGACAAGCUCUGUAAAUUCACUUUGAAUUUCACACAUUAUAAAUCUGUAAUCUUUUGUAAAUAGGAAUGCAUUUAUAAUUUUACAUGAUUUAAACUUGUUAACGAAUGUAUUUUCGGUAUUUUAUAUCGGGGGUACAUGUGCUUGAUGUAAUUUAUCCAUGAAGACCACCUGCAUAGUUAUCUGUCAUAAUAAGUAUGUAUUUAUCAUGAAUAAACAGCAGUGCCUUUCUGCCUUUUUUGUCAGAUCUUACGAAUAAAGAAGGCCAGGAUCAGAGAUGUCAAAAGUUUUCUGGGCAUGGGAUCAGGAUAAGAUAUUGUAGAAUAAAAGGGCCGGAUAUUAAAACAGUCUCAGCUGAUUGUGACUUUUUAGUGCAACAUAUUUGGUAUAGGUGGCGCAAUAGUGAUCCAGCGAGGCCGCUGGCUCGUGUCUCCGCUUUUCUAAAAGAACAUCCUAGUACAACAGAUGUGGUGUAGGUGGCGCAAUAGUGAUCCAUCUUGGCCACUGGCUCGGCUGAUUGUGACUUCGUCUCCGUUUCCCUGAUGGAACACAAUAGUUCAACUGAUAUGGUAUAGGUGGCGAAAUCGUGAUCACUGUUUACCUUCCAGUUGAUCGCCCUAUUGCUUUUCAAUACUGCUAUUGUCAUCUGAAGGGAACAUAUUCUAUAAUUGGGUCAAAAUAAAUCUGUAUCUCGUCAAUCAGAACUUUUAAGUAAACGCAUGUAUAAAUGAUAUCCUUGACGUAUUACGUCGAACAAGAAAUUGUCAUAACUGUAAACUUGGCUUGGAGCUGUUGGUACAGGUGCCAACACACUUGCCUGUACAAGGGCUGUGACUUUUACCGUCAGACUGAUUUUGAUUUUAAAGUUCAUACCAUGAGUGGAGUAUUUUUGUGACCAAAGUACUG